UUUAAUAUUAGAUAGUUUAGUUUAAAUGUCCUGUUAGAAUAACCUUUCACAUUUUAUUUUCUACUUGAAUCAUGUUGCAUGCAAGCUUUUAUUCACACGUGUGUAUUUUUUUUUGAAUCUGCAGAUCUAUAAAUUUUGAUUGAGUUCUCCCCCACAAUUAAAAUGUUGUCUUGUAACAUGCACUUUAAACUACCUGCAGGAAAUAGUCUUGACCAAGGAAAUACUUUUGUGAAAAUAUUGAUGUUGAAGGAUUUCCAUUUUGAACUGCAUUUAAUACGUAUUGUUUAUGUUUCCUGUUUUACUUUUAUUUGACAACUGACUAAACAUUGUUUUAACACUGAUCUGAUGAUUUAAACAGCUUUUAUUUCCUUUUAAUCGUUUGCCGAGGAAACAGUAUCUAUAAAUCUCCAUUUCCUUUUAUUUCUGUCUUUGGUUUGUUUUGUUCUUUCGUUAUAUUUCUACAACCACUUGCAUCUUUAAUUUGGUUUGUUAAUUCUUAAGGUAAAUGCUGCAGGGGGACUGACACCUUGAGUCUGAAUACUUGUAAUACCUGUAAUAAACUAGUUAAAAAACAAUAUCCACUAAUUUACAGGGAAAAGGCAAAGAUGACAGGAAAAUCUGAAAAUUUAAAUAACCACUUUUUCCACAACGUCAGUGUAUUUUGCUUUACUAUCCUCCAACAACUCUUCAAAUGUGCCUUGUUACCACUUGCGAGUUUCUCAAUCUCUUUAGAUUAAGAUUCAAAAUAUGAUUUUAAACUGAAACUGGUCCAGAGUUUGAGAUCAAUAAUCAGGGUUCUUCCUUCCUUACUUGGAGCAUCAUCAAAAAUAAAUCAAUCACAUAGUAGUUCUGUAAGUCGCAGUAUUUUUCAGAUAGUAUCAAUGUGCUUUUAAAGAUGCAUUUUUUUACCUCAUAUUCUGUGUUACACUCGAGUCUCACGUAUCCUCUUUAUCUUUGUUCAGUUCUCGUCUACAUGAUCCUGGAGUUGCAGUGGAGGCCUGUUUUUUCUGCUCCAGCUCACAACGACUGCAACGACUUAAACAACACCAAGCUUCUCUCAAAGCUGUUGCUUCAUCAAGCGAAGGACCUACUGAAUCACUAUAUAAAAUUUCAUGGACCCAGGUCUAAUUCCAGCACAGAUGAUGUUCCUGACUCCACCGUGUCCGGGGUCAACGUUUUUGAGAAGCUGCAGGACGUCUAUGUCAAGAACAGGCUCUUUCAGUGGCACAUUUUAAACGUUGCGCAGCAUCACUUACAAUUAUGGGGAAACAAAGAACCUGUUGCCGGGCACCUGUCGCGGGUCAAGGGCCGACUCUCACACCAUUUGUCUAAAGUAAAGCUCCUUCUCACAGAUUUCUUUCCUGACAUGCCUUUGCCACCAACGCCGGCCCCGCCGAACUCCCCCACUGGUCACACUUAUGCUAAAAAGGAGUAUGGAUGGCUUGUCAUUGUCAGACUGAGGGACUGGGAAAAACACGUGCUGCAGCUACUGGAGGAGAUGGACAGCAUGUGUGUCCAGCAGAAGGUUAAACGGUCACACCACACAUUUUACAGUUUACUCUGAAGAAACCCACUUUCCCAACACCUGCGAUAGUAAAGUUACGUACACUGAAACUGUGAAUUCACAACUGGACCAAAUUUUCCAAAGAUUUCCUCCUUCAUUUUGCUCUGCCAUCAAAUUGAGCCAAGAUAAAAUCCAACUCUUACCAGAGGUCACAUGUUGGUGUUAAAGCCCCGAAUCCAAGUCAAAUAUUUAUUUGUUUAAAACAUGGGUCUUCAACGUUUUUCAGGCCAAGGACCCCCAAACUGAUGGAGAGAUGGAGCAGGGACCCCCUACUGUAUAUAUUGUAU